UGAUAACCUGGAAUAAUAACAGUUGAAAUAAUGAAAAGGUCAAUGACACUGACAAUAUUUCACUCAGAAAGAAUCAUCCUUAGAAACCGUCAACCUCCUCCAAAAGGUAACCACAUCCCUCAGAUAUCACCGUGGGAUUCCACUGCUACAAAAAAGAACAGAAGUUAGAAGUCUCAUGUUUUUCAGAUGGCUGGUAGUGUUUUUAGGCAUUGCAAAUGUGGGGUGUUGUCUUUCUUGGUAUAAAGCAGGGAUAUCCAAUCUUUUGACUUCCCUGCCUAUAUUAAAAGAAGCAAAGUUGUCUUGAGCCACACAUAACAUACACUAACACUAACAACAGCUGAUGAUCUAAAAAAAAACUUUUUUUUUUUUUUUUUGGAGACAGAGUUCCGCUCCACUCAGUCGCCCAGGCUGGAGUGCAGUGGUGCAAUCUCGGCUCACUGCAACCUCCAGCUCCUGGGCUCAAGCCAUUCUCCUCCCUCAGCCUCCCGAGUAGCUGAGAUUACAGGUCUCUGCCACCAUGCCCAACUAAUUUUUGUAUUUUUAGUAGAGAUGAGGUUUCACCAUGUUGGCCAGUCUGGCCUUGAACUCCUGACAGGCGAUCUGCCUGCCUCGGCCUCCCAAAGUGCUGGGAUUACAGGUGUGAGCCACCGUGCCCAGCCAUUUUUUUUUGUUUUUGUUUUUGUUUGGUGUUUUGUUUUUGAGAUGGGGUCUCACUCUGUCACCCAGGCUGCAGUGCAGUGGCGUGCUCUCGGCUCACUGCAACCUCUGCCUCUCAGGUUCAAGUGAUUCUCCUGCCUCAGCCUCCUGAGUAGCUGGGAGUACAGGUGCCUGACAAUGCACUCAGCAAUUUUUGUAUUUUUUGUGGAGAUGGGGUUUUGCCAUGUUGGCCAGGGUGGUCUCGAACUCCUGACCUCAGGUAAUCUGCCCGCCUCAGCCUCCCAAAGUGCUGGGAUUACAGGCAUGAGCCACUGUACCUGGCCAAAAUCUCCUAAUGUUUUAAGAAAGUUUACAAAUUUGUGUUGAACUGCAUUCAAAACUGUCCUGGGCCACAUGCAGCCCGUCACUCAUGGGUAAGACCAGCUAAGUAUAAAGAAUUAUCUUUUCUUUUUGUUUGGAGACAAAGUCUUGCUCUGUCACCCAGGCUAGAUUGCAGUGACAUGAUCUCAGCUCACUGCAACCUCCGCCUCCCGGGUUCAAGCGAUUCUCCUGCCUCAGCUACUGAGUAACUGGGAUUACAGGCACCUGCCACCGCACUCGGCUAAUUUUUGUAUUUUUAGUAGAAACAGGGUUUCACCAUCUUGGCCAGGCUGGUCUCCAACUCCUGACCUCAUGAUCCACCUGCCUCGGCCUCCCAAAGUGCUGGGAAUACAGGUGUGAGCCACUGCACCUGGCCAGUAGUUAUCUUUGCUUUAAAGUUAUUUACUUGUUUUUUAAAUUGAUGUAUAACAUUGGAUGCAUUUAUUAUAUAUCACAUGGUAAAAGAAUCCCUGUAAAUAAUACUUCUCUCUUGGAUUAUAUGAAUCUUUGUCAUUUAAAGCUCAGCAUAAGUAAAAAAAAAAAAAUACAAUGAAGAGAUUACUUCAUUCACAAAUAAGUAUCAAAUUUUAGUGCUUAAAAAUUAAUGACGUGGGCCGGGCGUGGUGGCUCACGCCUGCAAUCCCAGCACUUUGGGAAGCCAAGGUGGGUGGACCACGAGAUCAGGAGAUUGAGACCAUCCUAGCUAACACGGUGAAACCCAUCUCUACUAAAAUUACAAAAAAUUAGCAGGGCAUGGUGGCAUGCGCCUAUAGUUCCAGCUACUUGGGAGGCUGAGGCAGAAGAAUCACUUGAACCCGGGAGGCAGAUGUUGCAGUGAGCCGAGAUCGCACCACUGCACUUCAGCCUGGGUGACAGAGCGAGACUCUGUCUCAAAAAAAAAAAAAAAAAAAAAAAAAUUACCAAGGUGGAGAUCAUGAAAAUGGCAUGAAUAGUGUGGGAUUUCUCUAAGACUGUUGAUAUUAAUUCCAUUAGACUCUUAUGUGAGUGAAGACGAAGACUUGCCCUGAGUAAGUUCAGACAGCUUGUGAUAACAUUUCUACAUCGAUUCCUCAGGAUUUAACUAUAUAUUCUUGAAAACAUCUCAAUUUUCAAUGUUUCUUUCAAGAUGGUGAAUUAAACAGAGAUAGCCCUUCAACAGGUUGAACUCAGCAUAUGCUGAGUCUGAAAUGGAAAUGAUGGAGUUAGAGAACCACACAACAAUGGUAAUGAUUUCAGAAACAUGGUGUUGAGCAGAACAAAGCAGACACAAAAGAGUACCUAUGGCAUGGCAUGCAUCUGUAUACGCGAAAUUCCAGAAUAAGCAAGCUAACCUAUGAUAAGAAAGAGACUGGCCGGGAAGAGUGAGAGUUCACUUUCUGGGGUGACAUAAUAGUGUAGAUCUUGGCUGCGCACGGUGGUUCAUGCCUGUAAUCCCAACGCUUUGGGAGGCCGAGGCGGGCCGAUCACCUGAGGUCGGGAGUUCAAAACCAGCCUGACCAACAUGGAGAAACCCUAUCUCUACUAAAAAUACAAAAUUAGCUGGGAGUGGUGGCACAUGUCUGUAAUCCCAGCCACUCGGGAGGCUGAGGCAGGAGAAUCGCUCGAACCUGGGAAGCAGAGGUUGCGGUGAGCUGAUAUUGCCCCAUUGCACUCCAGCCUGGGCAACAAGGGAGAAACUGUCUCAAAAAAAAAAAUAAAUAAAUAAAAUAAUGUAGAUCUUGAAAGGGGGUUGGUUUAUGCUGGUGUAUGUACUUUCCAAAGUUAGUAAACUUACACUUAAGGUUAUAUAUUUUGGCCAGGCGCGGUGGUUCACGCCUGUAAUCCCAGCACUGGGAGGCCGAGGCAGGCAGAUCACGAGGUCAAGAGAUGGAGACCAUCCUGGCAAACAUAGUGAAACCCCGUCUCUACUAAAAAUACAAAAAUUAGCCAGGCGUGGUGGUCUACUAAAAAUACAAAAAUUAGCCAGGCGUUGUAAUCUGAGCUACUCAGGAGGCUGAAGCAGGACAAUUGCUUGAACCCCGGAAGCGGAGGUUGCAGUGAGCCGAGAUCUUGCCACUGCACUGCAGCCUGGGCGACAGAGUGAGACUCUGUCUAAAAAAAAAAAAAAAAAAAAGUCAUCAAACCAGAUGACACAAAUCAAAUGACAUUUCACUUUGUUUUGGUCCAUUUUGUUUGUUAGAGACAAGAGUGCAGCGGGGCCAUCUCGGGUCACUGCAACGUCCAGCUCCUGGGCCCAAGCGAUCCUCCCACCUCAGCCUCUCCAGUAACUGGGAUAACAGAGUCUCGCUCUGUCGCACAGUCUGGAGUGCAAUGGCGUGAUCUCGGCCCACUAAAACCUCCACCUCCUGAAUCUCAGCAAUUCUCCUGUCUCAGCCUCCUGAGUAGCUGGGACUACAGGCUCACACCACCAUGCCCGGCUAAUUUUUGUAUUUUUAGUAGGGACGAGGUUUUGCCAUAUUGGUCAGGCUGGUCUCGAAGUCCUGGCCUCUGGUGAUCCACCAGCCUCAGCCUCCCAAAAUGCUGGGAUUACAGGCAUGAGUCACCAUGCCCAGCCUAAACUUGGCAAGAUAAUAAAUAACCUUUUUAAGUGUCGUUGGGCACCUGUCUGGUUGUUUUUCUUUAGGUUACCAUGCCAGCAAUGAUUCCUUUUGAGUUUCUGACAGAAGAUAGUGGUUUUCAUCCAAAUAAGUCAACUACCCUACCCCAUCCCUAAGCCACUUGUAUGGAAAGAAAAAGAGGAAGAAGCCAGUACUGUGACUGUGUAAGCUUCCCCCAGCAUCACCCGCUAUGAGAUGUGUGGCAGCUGAGACCCGGGAACUGCUCAAGGGCACCAGGCCCCAUCUGUCUGCACUCACUCACCUUCCUCAGGCUGGAGUGCAGUGGCGUGGUCACUGUUGACUGCAGCCUCAAAUUCCUGGGCUCAAGAAAUCCUCCCAUCUCAGCCUCCCAAGUAGAACCUGAAGAUUGGACCUUCUGAGAACAUCAGAGAAAGAAUGUCCUUGCCAUCCACAAUACAGCAAAACUUCAGGACCUUGAACUUUGGGUUCAUAAUCUCACAAGAGGGAAGUUUUUCGCCAGAAAAAGAUGGCAUCCUUGAUGUGAACAGCUUUUCCCAAGAUCACAGAUCAAGACUUCUAGUUUUUUUUUUUUGAGACAGAGUCUUUUUUUUUUUUUUUUUUUUUUUUUUGAGACAUAGUCUCGGUCUUGUUGCUCAGGUUGGAGUGGAAUAGCGCGAUCUUGGCUCACUGCAACCUCCGCCUCCUGGGUUCAAGUAAUUCUCCUGACUCAGCCUCCAGAGUAGCUGGGAUUACAGGCGUCCACCACCAUGCCCGGCUAAUUUUUUUGUAUUUUUAGUGGAGACAGGGUUUCACCAUGUUGGCCAGGCUGGUCUCGAACUCCUGACCUCAGGUGAUCCGCCUACCUCGGCCUCCCAAAGCGCUGGGAUUACAGGCAUCAGUCACCGUGCCCGGCCUUGUGAUAGUGUCUUACUCUGGCACCCAGGCUGGAGUGCAGUGGUGCAAUCUUGGUUCACUGCAACCUUUGCCUCCCAGAUUCAAGCGAUUCUUGUACAUCAGCCUCCCGAGCCGCUGAGACUACAGGCACGUGCCACCAUGCCUGGUUAAUUUUGUGUGUGUGUGUGUGUGUGUUUGUGUGUGAUGGAGUUUUGCUCUUGUUGCCCAGGCUGGAGUGCAGUGGUGCGAUCUUCGCUCACUGCAACGUCUGCCUCCCGGGUUCAAGCGAUUCUCCUGCCUCGGGCUCCUGAGUAGUUGGGAUUAUAGGCGCUCAACACCAUACCCGGGGAAUUUUUUGUAUUUUUAGUACAGACGGGGUUUCAUCAUGUUGGCCAGGCUGGUCUCCAACUCCUGACCUCAGGUGAUCCACCCGCCUCAGUGUCCCAAAGUGCUGGGAUUACAGGCGUGAGCCCUGUGCCCAGCCUCAGUGUCUCUCUCUCUCUCGACUAGAGAGACUGACCAGGGACAAUCAACUCUCUCCAGACUGACAGAGAGAGAGACAGAGAGAGCGAGAAAGAGACAGAGUCUGGCUCUCACCCAGGCUGGAGUGCAGUGGUGUGAUCUUGGCUCGCUGCAACUUCUGCCUUCCGUGUUCAAGCGAUUCCUGUGCCUCAGCCUCCCAAGUAGCUGGGAUUAUAGGUCCGCACCACCACGCCCUGCUAAUUUUUGUGUUUUUAGUAGACACAGCCUCACCAUGUUGGCCAGGCUGGUUUUGAACUCCUGACCUCAGGUGAUCCGCCAGCCUCGGCCUUCCAAAGUGCUGGGAUUACAGGCGUGAGUCACCGCGCCCGGCCAAAUAAAAUAAAAUGUUAAAGCAAAUUCAGGACUACCCCUCCUCCAAGUCUUCUGUCCCCUUUGGGCGCCCAGGUGAGCGGGGGAGGGGCUGGGGGAAUAAUAACAUCAAAAGAGCGCCUUUUCCUCCCUUAUUCCGAGGAGACUUCCCUGGUCCUGACUCCCGGUCCUGUCCCCAGUGCCCCGCGGCCUCUCGAGCCCCUUCAGUGACCAAGAUACAGAGAUCAGGACGCCUUUGCGCCGCCCCAAGUGCCCGCCCCUAGCUCGCUCUGCUUGGGCCGCGAGGGAAGGUGAGGUCGGGGGCGGAGCCGGGGCGUGACAGCCGGGGUGUGUGUCCGCCGGCCUUGGUGCCUCCGGUGGCCCUGCAGCACCGUCCCACCUCUGCCACCCUCCGAUGGGGCCGCUACCUGUGUGCCUGCCAAUCAUGCUGCUCCUGCUACUGCCGUCGCUGCUGCUGCUGCUGCUUCGACCUGGCCCCGGGUCCGGCGAGGACUCCAGGACAUUACGUGUGCACCGGCGUGGGAUCCUGGAACUGGCAGGAACUGUGGGUUGUGUUGGUCCCCGAACCCCCAUCGCCUAUAUGAAAUAUGGUUGCUUUUGUGGCUUGGGAGGCCAUGGCCAGCCCCGCGAUGCCAUUGACUGGUGCUGCCAUGGCCACGACUGUUGUUACACUCGAGCUGAGGAGGCCGGCUGCAGCCCCAAGACAGAGCGCUACUCCUGGCAGUGCGUCAAUCAGAGCGUCCUGUGCGGACCGGCAGAGAACAAAUGCCAAGAACUGUUGUGCAAGUGUGACCAGGAGAUUGCUAACUGCUUAGCCCAAACUGAGUACAACUUAAAGUACCUCUUCUACCCCCAGUUCCUAUGUGAGCCGGACUCGCCCAAGUGUGACUGACUACCUUGACUUGAAAUGCUCUUUUGCACAAGGAAAUAAACCGUCCUCUCAGUAAUGAACAACAGCAUUCAGUUAUUUGCAGAAGGGAACCGAAGCCAAGUGAUAAAGCCACAACCUUGUGUUUGCUUUCUCUCCCAAUCCCAGAACUCAGGACUGGAGCCCAUGUGGUUUGCAAUUAAAGGCCAAAAGUCCUGCACCUAUUUUAUAAAACUAUGACUGUGUUUAUCACU